AACAUAACGGUCUCAAGCGCCGAACAACUCACAAGUCUGUGCUGUGUGUGUUGUGUGCCGAUUGGAGGCUCAUUUUCUCCGCCGGUUGGAACUUUCUCGCGUCACAAUUGUCUGUGGAGGGCUCUCCGCCGAACCCGCUCCGGAUUGAAUUUCCUUGCUUUACUACCCAGCCCAGAGUUCAAGUGCAAGAAGAUUGGUGCGGAUCGCCAAUCGGAACGACCGACGGUACGGAAUCCAUUGAACUUUCUCGCAUCAAUCAGCCAACAGUUCCAGAGAGGGGCCCAAUAGAAGAAGGCAGUAUAGGAAGCGCACUGAUCUGAGCGAAAGCGGCCCAAAGCAGCGCAACAGUGCGUUCCCGUUGUUCCGGGAAUUGAAAUUGUAAUUGAUCAAAACCCUAAUUCACAGAAGAGUGGUUUUUGGAGUGAUUUUUCCGUCGUUGUGUGACCCUCUUUUUUGUGUGAUUUAAAUUAAUUAUUUUCCAGCGCGACAGAAAGCAUCCAAGUGUGCAGUGAAUUUAUAUCUGAUUGGUGGUGAAGGGAAUUUGCUUAGUGUACAUAAGAUGUGACGUUGCUCUUUUGUUCUGCCAAAAUCGAAUAGUUUUUCUUAUCAUUCAAGGUCUUAUCGGGCGGUAUUUGAAGUGUAUAUAAAAUUCCAGUUGGUUAAACAGUUUUGAUACGACUUUCAGUCGCUAUAAUGUGUUGACACACGAUUCUGUUAUCAGCAAGAUUGUCGGGCAGUGUUGGUGAAAGAUAAAAAUACAUGCUUGUAAUUAUCAGCUCGUUUUUUCACCGUAAUUAUUCUGGAUGAAAAAGGGGUCUCGGAUUCAUAGGUAGUGUGUGGCUAGCCGCAGAUGUAAUUGAUGAGGUGUUCGGUCUCGUUAUCUGAAUUUUUAAAGCAAGUGCCAGUGCAUUAGAUUGUACCGUUUUUCACCUAAAAAGAGGAAUCGAGUCGAGAAGGAAGAAAAACCCCGAAAAGCAAAACCUAUACAAGGUGUGCAUGUGAGUGUGUGUGCUUGUGCUGUGGUUACCAACAACACCAACCAACCAACCAGCGGGAAGAAAACUCCGAAAGUUUUCUCUGGAUUAAUUUGGAAUUCGGUUUGAUUACUCUCUUCGUUCGUUCAGCACGGUUUCGGUUCGAUUAAUUUCCGACCUCACACCCUCCUCCUCUCCUUUCGAUACAAUCGUAGGCGCGAGUGCAGCCGAAACAAAAACCCAUCAAAUGCCUUUGUUCAAUAAGAAGACUGCAAAAAUCUCUAACCCAUCCCCUCCCAUGACGAAAGAUCCCCAUCACCUGCAUCACCAUCUGGGUCACAACAACAACAACAACAUCAACAGCAGCGGCUACGACAACAACAACAGCAACUACAAGAAUCCACCGACCGCGAUGCCCACGGCGCCCCACAUCGACGACCUGAAUGGCAGCCACGAGAGCAACGUUACCAAGCCGCAGCUCGUCUUCAAUUGCCAACUGGCCCACGGCAGUCCGACCGGAUUCAUCACCGGAUUUGCCAGCGUUAAGGAACUGUACCAGAAGAUUGCCGAAUGUUACGACUUUUCCAUGGACGAGAUAUUGUUCUGCACGCUGAACUCGCACAAGGUCGACAUGAGCAACCUGCUGGGCGGUCAGAUCGGUCUGAACGAUUUCAUCUUCGCACACAAAAAGGGCCGACCGAAGGAGGUGGAGAUUGUGAAGUCCGAGGACGCCCUCGGUCUGACCAUCACUGACAAUGGAGCAGGGUAUGCGUUUAUCAAACGAAUCAAAACCGGAAGCGUUAUCGAUCGAAUUCAACAUAUUCAGGUCGGUGAUCACAUCGAGAAGCUGGAUGGAGUGAAUGUGGUGGGCAAGCGACACUACGAGGUAGCUCGUAUGCUGAAGGAUAUCCCAACCGGGUCGACCUUCACGAUCCGGUUGGUUGAAUCGAUGAAAAGCGGUUUCCAGGGAAUUGCACCACGCAAAGGAGGCGCCAAACAAACGAAGCAAGGCUACGGAAGCGGCAAGGAGACGCUUAGGUUUAAGUCGAACGGUAAUGCAGCCAUCGAAGACGAGCACGACGACGUCACACAGUGUGGAAUAGAUGCCAUCAAUUCCCUGCUAGAUUCGUUUAUGGGAAUCAACGACACCGAACUAGCGACACAAAUCUGGGACCUAGGGAGCAAUAAAACCAACUCGAUGGACUUUGCCGAAGCGAUCGACGCUUCCGAUCUGGAAGCGUUCGGUUUCACCGACGACUUCAUCAUCGAGCUGUGGGGUGCUGUCACCGACGCCCGGCAAGGGCGUCACAAAAGAUAAGCCCCUUUCGAGCAGGGGGAAUAACAACACCAAUUGCCUGUGUAUACUUGAAAACCGCCACGUAUCCUACUUACUAUUAUACACUUACCUAUUUGUAAACGAUAACUUAAAAAUCACCGUGCUGCUGCUGCUGCUGGUAGGUUAGAACUUAGAAGAGAUGCUCGGUUCGGAAAUUUAAACUUCGCUUGCUUGCGCUGCGGAAACCGAUGGCUGCAGGUGACUUGACCUGGUUAAUAGCAUUUAAAUACAUUCGUUUAUGAUGAGAAACAAGAUCAAACAAUAGCUGUUUAUUUCGAUGUAGUGAAAAACAUUCUAAUUCAAAGCAAGACUUGAGUGUCGAUAAUGGUGAUUAUUAUCCAUACGGAAUGUGAAGCAAGUGAUAUGAGUAAUUUUAAAUGAUUUAAUCGAUUCACGUUCAAAGGUGUAUUUACAGACAAAAAAUAAUAAGAUGGACGAUUGAACCAUCCCGCAUACGCAGAACCUGAGUCAAGUUGAGAAAUUGAAAAAAAAAGUGGUGUUAUUUUAGCAAAAGAAAAACUGUACUGUUAAGCUUUGUGGUUAAGCAAUGAUUAAGACUAUUGUAUAAUUAGAAAUUUAUCAAUCAAUAAAAUUGAGAUUUUGUUUCCGAGACAAGCUCUGCGAAGAAUUUAGUCGCUCCAAGAAACGUGAAAAAUUUAGUUAUUCACGAGAUGAAUUAUGGU